CUCCGUUUUUCUUGUUUCUGGGGUCAAAAGUAUUUCUGUGUAUGAAUCCUAGUAACGGGAAAGGAUCCAUCUCCAUGACUAUCCCCAGCGCCUCUUGGAGAACUGGAGCUGGUGUUCCCGAUCAGUUUGCUGGGGGUCUGAGGAUGCUGGUUGUUGACGAUGAUCCGACUGAUCUUCAUCUUGAAGUAGAAGUUGUGCUUGGAUUCAAGAAAAAAAAUAAUGGAAAUGGAAAUCCUGGUCCAAUUUGGACUGGAGGAAGUUCCAGGUCAAAGCCAAUUGAUGAAUUCUAUAUUUUUAGGAUCGCAGUUAAGGACCUCUCUCAACCUAAGUCAGAAGCUAGUUCACUGGAUGGAUUACUGACAGUACAUCUCAUGAGACAUCAUCGUAUUGCUUUGUCAUGGAUGAUCCAGAAAGAGACAGCUAACCAGUACUGCUUAGGAGGAAUUCUUGCAGAUGAUCAAGGAUUGGGAAAAACGGUUUCAACCAUUUCACUUGACCACUUAUUCUUAGUGAAAGGCCUCCAUCCUUCAGAGCACAUUCAGACAAUGUCAAGAUUGAGCCUGAAACUGGCUACAGGUCUUGAAGGAAUAAAACAAGAAUUUGAGAACCGUGACAUGAAAUCGGAUGGAUGUUUGACGGGAAUGUCAUUACCUCUGGGGCAAGCAGAGGGAAGGCCAGCAGCUGGAACUCUUGUGGUCUGUCCCAAAAGUGUACUACUUCAAUGGGCAGCAGAGCUGCAAAAUAAGUUGAUUAAGCAUGAUGAUGUCCUUACAACAUACUCAAUUGUCAGCAUGGAGGUCCCAAAGAAGCAUUCUGUGGGUGAAGAUGACAAUGGGAAAUGCAAGUCAGAUGGUGUUGGUUUUCCAGCUUCGACUUUUAAAUCAAUUGGAUGGUUUAGGGUUAUUCUGGAUGAGGCACAGAUUAUUAAGAAUCACAGAACUCGAGCUGCUAAUGCCCGUUGGGGUCCUCGUGCUAAACGUAGAUGGUGUUUGUCAGGGACUCCUAUUCAAAAUACAAUUAAUGACCUCUAUAGCUACUUCAGAUUUCUCAAGUAUUACCCUUUGUCGACACUCCAAGCAUUCCACACUGCAAUACCAAGCCCAAUUAUUUGUCAUCCUGCAAAAGGAUAUCUGAAGCUACAAUCCAUCUUGAAGACAAUUCUGGUGUGUGGAACUGAAGGAACUCUUCUUGAUGGGAAACCAAUUAUUACUCUACCUCCCGAAGUAGUAGAACUUAAAAAGGAGUAUGUUGCUGCUGGGACAGUAAAAAGUAAACUACUUCAACAUUUUGCUUAUGUUUCUGCACCUUCGCCAAGCUUGCAAUCACCCUCUUCUUGUCGAGGGUUCUGGUUCAAGCGCUUUAUGGAGAUACGCAGCUGAACCUGAAACAGCAAAGAAGCUUCCUAGUGAGAAGAUAACAUCACUUCUCAGUCGUUUAGAAGCUUCUAUGGCUUUCUGCGGCAUUUACAAUGUAUGUUGUUCUUUUCUCUUCUUUCUUUUUCUGCCUUUGUUUUAAUGAAUUUCGUUGGCUUCC